UUACAUCCGAACUUAGCCCUUCCUUACUUGUUUUUAUUUUAAAUUUUACAAAUGUGCACCGAUCAAAAAAAAGUUGGAGGGUGAAGCUAAUUGCGUUCUUUAUAAGCAUAUAAGGAAUUGUUUUUGUUAUUGUGUGCGAGUUACACGUGUAUUGGAUACAUAUUUGAACAAAUACCAUAUAACUUUGUCAAAUUCAAAGAUUUAUGUUAAUUGAGAUUUUUUUUGGCGAAAUGCCCACACUCGCGCACAAAACGUAGCGAUUAGCAGCCGGGGAUGACUAAUUCAAUAAAUUUAUUCAAAAGAACGUCAGUUGCAUGCAACCAGCAGUGUAGAGAUUUAAAACAAAUUGAAAUUUACAUAUGUACAUAUGUAUGUAUGUAUACAAAUGAAUAUACAAAUUUUAAUUUCCCAGAUCAUGGAUAUUAAAUGACUUUUAAUUACAAACAAAUUAAGAACUCUCAGUUCAGUUAUUUAACUGUAAAGGCGCACCUUCAUCAUCUGCUCAUCUGGAUGUUCGAAAACAUGCACACACUCAAUGUCCCAAGUUAUGCAUAUGCACGUUCUCUCUUGUCUUCCGUAGCAUCUUUCUAAAUUGGAAAAUUUUUCAUAAGCAGCGUUCAAUCAAAUUAAUUUUCAAAAUAUUGGAUCAGUACGAGCGGGUCACUCAGACGGUAACCACACACUAUUCGUAAAUAUUGUUCGUUUUUGAUUGGUGAAAUGUAAAUGUGAUGCAAAACUAAACAAUAAUUUAAUAUACAUACAUAUACAUAUGCAUACAUGCAUACACACAUGAUUUUGUAUAAAAAUAUUUUUUGGUUUUUUCCAAAAUAACAUGAAUUACUGUGCUAUAUAUUGAAACCGUGUUGUGACCUCAGCAGCAAAGAAUACUACACACAUACAAUUUACUACGAAAAACCUUUGGCAUCACAAGAGUCUCGAGCAUCUGAGACGGCUUACUUGAGUAGUAAUAUGUUUCGUGUCUCGCAGGAGAUUCGGUUGAAUACAAGCAGCAGCGCUGAAGUGACACGCUACUGCAACACCACAAAUGCCGACAGUGAAAACGAUUGUAUUUUUGGAAAAUACCAAAGAACCCCAGACGCGGAUGCAUACCCCACCGAAAAUCCGCUGGUGUUAGUUGCACCCGAAUUAACAGACCCCAGCAAAGUUCAAUUACUUCACUUCCCCAAUGGCGCAAUGCGUGUAAAUUCGGAGGUUGAUUUCAUAAUCAAACGCCAUGGUGUGAAGGGAAAUUUUGAAACAAAGGUUGAAAGCCCCUCUGGCAUAACCGCUAUCACACCUCUCCAACUUAUUGAUCCGGAACGUUUAAGAGCACAUUUUCAACUGAAAGAGGCAGGCCUCUAUAAAAUACACAUCAAAUGUAAUUCCGUGCCAUUACUUAAAUCGCCAUUCAUCAUAGUCUCAAUUUGCGGUGAGCCCGAGAACAAUGUACGCAAAAUUGAAUUACCCGUAUUCAAAUCAGACGCCAGUUGUGUGACCUAUCGUGGACUUGGCCUAACACACAUUUCCCUUGAAGAGAAGAACGAGUUCACCGUUGAUGGUUCGGCAGCGGGCAACAACAUGCUGUUUGUUGGUAUAUUCGGACCAAAAGGACAAUGCGAUGAGGUAGUCAUUAAACAUACCGGAAAUAAUGUUUACAAAAUUACAUAUGAGGUGCGUGACCCGGGCGAUUAUUUGCUAGUGGCCAAAUGGGGUGAUGAGCAUAUACCAGGUUCACCGUUCCAGUUGAACGCCAUAUAAAGUACAAGAAGCCCAACAAAACAUCCAGUCGUACUUAAUUUAAUUAUAAUUAAUGUUAAUGUAUCUAAAACUAUUACAAAAGGAAUUAGCAAAUACCUACAUACAUAUGUAUGUUUUCCUGAAAUUUGUCAUAUUUCAAUAAUUCACGAAGAUUAUCUAUGUUGUAAUUGAAUUUUGUUAGUAAAUAAAUAGCGAUAUAAACUUAAAAAACAAA